AAAAAAAUGAAAAAAAUAUCAACUUUGAUCCUACAAAGAUUGGAUUUUUUUUGACAUAUUAAUUCGAAAAUAAUAAAUAAAUAGAACAUUUAGAUCUUCUGGAAACUUUAGUCUUUGUAACAAUUUUAAAAUAGUGGGGGAAAUUGUUGUUGGUUAUUUUUGUAUAAGUAGCCUUGCUUUCAUCAAUGUCAAUUCACUUGGACUCCAGUCAAUAUAGUGAAUACAUUACUAAAUCAAAGUUUAAUAAAUUUUAUUUUAUUAAUUAUUUAAAUUACUUUCUUUAACAUCAAUUAAAAUGGUUUAUCAACUUGAUCUUGAUCAUUGUUAUGAUUUUGUUAUGUCAUUGACAAUUGAAUCUGGAAAGAUUAUAAAAGAUGCAUUACAAGGAACUAAAAAUAUUGAAACAAAAAAAGGUGAUUGGGAUUUAGUAACUCAAUAUGAUAAAAGAAUUGAAAAAAUUUUAAUUGCUGGUCUUGCAAAAGAAUUUCCUGAUCAUCAAUUUAUUGGUGAGGAAACAGUAGCAAGUACAAAUUUUUUACCAGAGUUAACAGAUGCUCCAACAUGGAUUAUUGAUCCAAUUGAUGGAACAACAAAUUUUGUGCAUUCAUUUCCACAUACUUGUAUAUCAAUAGCACUUGUUGUUAAACGUAAUAUUGAAAUUGGUAUUGUUUACAAUCCAAUUUUAGAUCAAUUAUUUACAGCAAGACGUGGAGAAGGAGCAUUUUUAAAUGGCAAAAGAAUUCAAAGCUCAAAAAUUUCAGAGCUUAGAUCGUCUUUGGUGUGUAUUGAAGCAUCAUACGCAGCAAUAAAAUCAACACGAGAUUUGUUAUUGGGAAGAGUCGAGGCAUUUGUUUCAAUUGCACAUGGAAUAAGAGUACUUGGUUCAGCAGCUUUGACCCUGUGUCAUAUUGCAAUGGGAGCAGCUGAAUUAUAUCUUUCAGAUAACUUAUAUCCAUGGGAUGUUGCUGCUGGUGUUUUAAUAAUACGUGAAGCUGGUGGUGAUGUAUAUGAUACAUCAGGUGGUGAAUUUAAUUUAAUGAAACCUAGAGUACUUGCUGUUGGUUGUUCAAAAUUAACACCAGAAGUUGCAAAAUUAAUUCGUUCUUCUGAUGAUAAAAUAUAUCGCAAACGAAUUAUCAACAAUCAAGACAAUUCACUAGAAAGUGGAAGUGGAAGUAAUUAAAUCAAACAAGAAAAAAAGAAAAUUAAAAAAAAAAAAUUAAACAACAAAAAACUAUUUUUAUUUUUUUGUGUUUGCUUGUUGUUUUUUUUUUUUUUCUUCAGUCAUUAAACUUGAGAAUUUAUUAUUCAUUUUAAUUUAAUAUUACUAUAUUUGUAUAAAGACGAUUACACUGAUAGACUUAAGUGUUUAUCAAUAAUAAAAAUAAUUUUAAAAAAAAUAAAUAAUUUCAUUUGUUUUUUUGUAUUGUAAAUUUGCAAUAUUAUCUGUUUAUCUUAUAUUGUGACAAGAUAAAAUCAACUUGAAAAAAUAAAAAAAUUGAUAUAAAUUUUCAGUUGAUUUUGUUUGUCCAUAAAAUUGAGAACAAAAUGUCUUGUAAUCACGAAAUUGUAAAAUAUUUUAAUUUUACUAAAAAUUUAACUAUUGAAGCUGGCAAA